UUCGCUCUUAACCACGUAAAGCAGUAUCUUGACUCUGACUAUCACCACCACCACCACCAUUGAACUGCAUUUAUCUCUCCCAGCUGUGUAUUGCUGAAAUCUGAAUGGCUCGAAAGUCGAAGAAGAAGUCUUCCCGGGCGUCGACGUCGCAGUCAGCACAGUCGUCGUCUUCGACGGCAGCACAAGCAUCAUCUUCGACGGCAGCACAGGCGUCAUCUGCGACGGCAGCACAGACGUCAUCUGCGACGGCAGCACAGUCGUCGAGCUCGCAGGCGUCUCAACCGUCGUCUUCGAGGGCAGCUACAUCGUCGACAUUGAAGACAGCUGAACCUUCGUCUUCGCAGCCAGCCCAAGCGUCGUCUUCGGCGUCUUCCCAGCGGUCCAGGAAGUCAACAUCCCGAACGAGCUUCAGACUCCCCGAGGAGCAGUACUACCACGAGAUCCCGCGCGCCGUUCUCGAGAAGUAUCAGGCUAGCCCUUCACAUCAUCUAGUCGAAGGCGCGAGACCAUUUCCCUGCACCGGGGCCUUGGCGCAAUGUAUCGACUACUACGACAUCGGGACACGAACACUUGAGAAGCGCUCGAUCGACCGAGCAUAUGUCGUGAAGGACCUCUACCGCGAUGCGAGCAAUCCGCUCGAGGUCAUCGAGCUGGAGGGGAAGCUCGCGGGGCUGGAGCAGCACGCGACGCACAUCUUCGAGGACAUACACAACUCCGUUACGAAGGGAAAGCUGACACUCGCGCGCGCCGACCUCGAUGAGGUCCGCAAGUACCUCUUCCUCGUGCACUUCCGACGACAAGUGCUCGGUCUGUCUUACCAUGACAAGAACCGGCCGGAGGAUGUGGCGCUUCGGAAGCGCUUCGCUCAGUACGGCGAGGUGAACGGCCUGCAGACGCCCAUCGACACCUGGCUGCAUCUCCUACGAUACCUCCUCGAGACUUCGAUGGACAAAAUCGACGCCGUUGGCGCCGCAUGGAUGGGCGAGCAAUCCAUGGACUCCCUCCUCGACAACUUCGGCAUCGACUGCGACUUCGCCAUCGACUACUUCCCCGCGAUCAACUUUGAGCUGCAGAACCAGGCGUACUUCGUCGGGUUCUGGGAGGCGGCGGAGACGGAUGAGUUCGUACUCACGCCGGGGGCGUUCGGGUACUGGGAGGGCUGCCUGUCGACGCAUCCGGAGUUCCAUCUGCAUCGGGUGUUCGUGAUUAGUCCGCGGCUGGCCAUCGUGCUGCGGUCGGACUACAUGCGCGAGGGUGUGGGGUUUGGCCGAUACCGGGAGCGCGCGUGCAGUACGCUGCUCGACCUGCCGGUGUCGCCGCCGGAUAUCGACUUUGCGAAGGCGGGGCACGACGUGGUGGUCGACGGCGAGGUGGCGUUCACGUUCCGUACCGCGAACGACUAUGAUCCAGCCAUCCGUCGCAAGCGCGACCGGUUCACGAUGAAGAUCCACAAGCUCACGCCGGAGCAGACGCUCGCGGUGAAUGCUGCCACGCUCCGGAGCACGCGUCCGGAUGAAGCGCUGACCUUCACGUCGAGGAGUAUGGUCGUGCGCACGCUUCGCCAUUACAUGCAUCGUACGCCGAUUUGUAUGGAUAUGUGCUGGGAGAGCUAUCGCACGCUGGCGGACAGGCUCGCGCGACCGUUCGCUCCUGACACUCCGUCAUUGGCGCGCAUUGGCAGCUUCCCUCACGAAGAGACUUUCCACUGGCUUAUGGACCUGGUGUACGAGAUCACAAGGCCCACGGAGCCGCUCCCUCUGUAUAUGUGCGGCACGGCGACCGUGCGCAGGCUAUUCAGGCCGACCGACGCGAGGGGAACAGUACUCGCUGAGCAAUGCGGCCAUUACGCCGAUAAGCUGGUCGAGCACUUCAGCUCCCAGCCUGUGGCCAAAAGCGCGAUCCACCGGCGUGACGAGAAGGAGUGGUAUCGACCGCACACUCUCGACUACGAUUCGUCUCUCAAGCUCACUGACACGGCAAGGCCGCUGCUACGAAAAGUGGUGCCCGCGUGCGUAUGCUCCGCGAAGAGCAGCCUCGUCGACAAAAUCCUGGAGGUCGCCGUCCUCGUCCGGUUCCUCGACCUGAUCGUCAAGAGUCCCCAGCUAGUCGCUGCCUUCCGCCUCCGCUGCCCCUCCCUCUUCCGCUGGAUGCACCUCUGCCCCCACCCAACGCGCAACCCCAAAGACUGCCUCGACUACCCCUACGACGCCGACUGGCCCCCCGUCCACCGCGACAUCCGCAAGAAAUUCGACGACCUCUGGAAGGGCAUGCUCCGCGGCGAGAUCACCUUCCCCAACCGGUACGAGCGCGGGCAGGCGCUGCACAAGUACGCGGAGCGGAUGUGGAAGACGCCGGCGAUCGAGGGGCCGAUCACGAUGGCGUUCGCGCUCAAUAUGCCGGUGAUGGGGGCGAGGAUGGUGAAGGAGUACUUUCCGGAUAAGCCGCCAGGGUUCCAGGAGCGGCCGACGGCGCGUCCGAGGCGGAAUCAGUCGCUGGAGGCGGGGGAUGUGAUUAUGAGGGCGAUAACGGAGUUUAUUCAGAGCAUGGGCUUCCAGUUGUUCGAUGAGGAUGGACCGCAUCCGGAUCCGAAGAUGGCGAAGAUGCGACAGUACGCGAACGACCUCCUUACUUAUGGGUAUUUGGAUUUCUUGGCGAGGAUGCGACCAGAUAUCUUGGAGGGCAUAGUGAAACCGCACUGGUCGACGUUCAUCGAAGAGUACGAUGGAUAUACUGACAUAUAACUAAAAUGUACUCGUAAUGUAUCUACUUAUUUCUUGGACUCCAUGGACCUGUAUUUCGACCCGAACUCUGGAACAUUGACCUCACAAAGUUCAACUUCAGAUACGUGGCAAGCAAGUUGCCGUCGCCCAG